CUCAGAAUGUCGUCAUCACUGCCAUCAUCCUCGUAUUUACCUGUACGGAAUUGUACUGCGCCUCUACGGGACUUGGAUCUUCUGGGAAAGCUGCUUCUUCGUGCUGCUGAGGGAAAAAUGGAUGUGCCACCUAGAGAAGCAGGAAAGCUCUGCUCACUGAUUCAACCGCAUGAAAAGGAUUAUCAUAGAACUACACAAGCCAUCCAAGAUGGAAAAUAUUUUACUGAUCUAAGCAAAGAAUCUGACAGCAUAGAACAAGUAAGAAAGUAUUUAAACAGUAAAAACAUGGACACAUUGAUGCAGAAGUUAAAUGAAAUCAUGUUCCAAAAUACUAUUCUCAGGAGAAAAACACUUGAAAGGGAGAAACAGGUUAAAGACCUUACAUCCAGGCUUCAGCUCAAAAAAGCCAAUGUACAAAAGGGAGACCAUUUCUCAAGAUCAGCAAAGACAAUACAACUUCACCUGCAACAUCAGAUUCAAAGAAAAGAAGCGGAAAAUGAUGAAUUAAAAGAGAAAAUACAGACUCUACAGAAGAAAAUAACAGCGUGGAAACUUCAUUUUGGUGAAUACAAGCAUCAGAUGUUAGCCUUAAAGGAAACAAGUGAGCAAAAGAAGAGUGCUCUGAAAAAAGCAGUCAGAUGCCAGAAACAAAGAGCUCGGCACUUCGAAGCAGCUGUGGAAAAACUAACUUCCAAAAUAAAAGAACGUGAAGUCAAACUGUCUGAGAUACUGUCAGCUUCCAGUGUCUGGAAGAAGCAGCAUGAUAGAGUGGUUGAAGGAAAUACAAGGUUAGAAAUUCAAACAGAAGAUCUUAAGAAGCAGAUCACAAGGCUUUUGGAAGACCUGAAAAGAAAGGAGGAAUGGAGAAGAAACCCAGAUGAGGAGAUUCUUGGAAAGCUAAAUGCUGUUGAUUCUGAAAAUGAAAAGAUUUACCUCGAAAAUGAAAAAUUAAAGGCUUCCCUUGCCACAUUGGAAAGCAAUAGUGUUUCUGUUGAAAAUGAGCUGCAAAAUCUUCAAAAAAAGGCAAAAGUGCAGGAAAACCUUGUUGAACAAUAUAAAAAUCAGGUACAAGAAUUACAAACAGCAGUAGAAGAAUUGAAAUCCAGAUAUGCAACAGCCUUAAAUGAAAACAAAAGAAUAAUAGAAGACAAAAGCUUGGAAGUAGAUCAGGUGAGGGACAACGUGGAGCCUGAGUUAAAGGAGUUAGAACAUGGGUUUGAGUUGCUGAAAGCACCUGAGGAAAAACAGCAAUCCUCUCAGAAAAAACUUGUAUCCUGGGAAAGGAUCCAUGCACAGAAAUGCAAAACCCUUAGGGAGCUGCAGGUUCAGGUGCUUAGAAUAUGCUUAUUUUUAAAGAUAAAUGAGAAAAUUAUGUGGAAGAAAGUCUCUGGGCCAUUUUUUUCUUAUUAGCAUGUGUGACCAUCA